AUGAGGUCAAACACCAAUACCGGUGUUAGAGGAAGGGUCCCGUUUCUGUUAAUAGCUUGCGAAAGGAGUAGUGAGUAUAAGCCUAAGAAGAUUGAUUUGGUAAAAACAUGCACUGACACUAGAAAAUGUGGAUGCCCAUUUAAAUUGCGUGCAAAGCCAAUUUUGGGAGGAGAAGGAUGGAUGGUGAAGCUAAUUUGUGGGGUUCACAAUCAUGAAAUAGCAAAGUCGUUAGUUGGACAUCCAUAUGUGGGUCGACUAACUAAAGUUAAGAAGAUUGUUGUUGCUGAUAUGAUGAAGUCCAUGUGGUUUCGAGGUCUUUUCAUGAGAGUUGAUGCACUCCCCGGGGUUAUUGUCACCGACAGAGAUUUUUCUUUGAUGAAUGCAGUGAAAACUGUAUUCCCGGAUGCUAUGAAUUUGUUGUGUCGGUUUCACAUUGAAAAGAAUGUAAAGGUAAAGUGCAAAACCCUGGUUGCUCAAAAGAAUGCAUGGGAUUAUGUCAUGGAGGCUUGGGGGAGUUUGGUUAACUGUCCAUGUGAGAGUUCUUUUGAUGAGUACGUUAAAAAAAUUGAAAUGGAUUGCUCUUCGUGGCCUAUAUUUGUGGACUAUGUGUGUCAAACAUGGGUGAUUCCGCACAAAGAAAAAUUUGUGAAGGCAUGGACCAACAAAGUGAUGCAUCUAGGAAACACAACCACUAAAAGGGUUGAGAGUGCUCAUUGGCCAUUAAAGAGACUCCUACAAAAAUCCGUUGGUGACAUAUGCAGUAGACUUAGUUUUUCAGAUCAAGGGUUAUGUGAGGCAGAGGUGACCAUAACUGAGGAGAUGGAAACCAUAUCGAAACGAUUUAAGCAGCUCGAUGUUUGUGGCAAAAUACAUUUGAAGACAAAGUUGCGAGAAAUUACUUAUCCUGAUCUAAAUUCUGUGUGUCCUCCUCCAGAAAAGGUGAAGACCAAGGGUGCUACAAAAAAUCCACAGACCAAACAACAAAAUUCAACAAAACAUGAUUCAUCUUAUUGGGAAUAUGUUGAUGCGUUACACUUUGUGCAAAAUAGUAAUUCUUCAGUAAAACGUAGUGCAUCAUCAUCUGUGCAACCAAUACAGAGGCAGAAUAUUCCAAUGUUGAAUCAAUUUCAUUCGUGCAUCCAGGAUUCUAUUGAAAACAUUAUUGAUGUCAAAGCGGAUGGUAACUGUGGUUAUCGGGCAAUAGAUGCCUUAUUGGAUAUAGGUGAAGAAUCGUGGUCAUUGAUGCACAACCAUCUGCAUAAAGAAUUGACAAGCUGGUUGGAAGAGUAUAUCAACCUACUUGGUGUCAUAGAGAGAUUUAAGGAAUUAAAGCGUUCCCUACUUGUUGAAGAAUUGUCUAUGUGGAUGAAUAUUACAGAUAUGGGAUACGUCAUUGCUUCACGAUACAAUGUGAUCGCUGUUUCUCUUUCACGACAACAAAGCAUGACAAUUUUUCCUCUUAGAAGUCAGCCACCACCAGAUUCUUCUGUGCAUCACGUAAUAUGCAUUAGUCAUGUGUGUGAGAAUUAUUUUGCACAGGUUUUUUUACGAGACCAUUGUCCUUUACCAUCAUUGGCGUUGUUGUGGAAUACACAUUGUCAUUAUCAGGCAAAGCAGUGGCUCACCCCCAUACAUAGAUAG